AUGGAAGGAAGCAAUCAAGCUGCUCCAGUUGAUGUAGAGAACCCAUACAUUCCAUUAGAAACUUCCAUGAGACAGGAAUUGGGUAGGUUAUCUCCUAUAUCCUCUUCAUGUUGUAUUUACAGAGUUCCUGAGCGAUUCAGACGUGUAAAUGAAAACGCAUACACACCUCAGGUAGUCUCUAUAGGUCCACUCCACCAUGGCAAGAAAGGGUUAGAAGCCAUGGAAGAGCAUAAAAAGAGGUACCUACAGGAAUUUCUAUGUCGGACCAAAGUAAGCUUGGAGGAUUGCAUAAAGAAAAUUAGAGACCAAGAAGCAAGAUUAAGAAGUUGUUAUGCAGAAACCAAUGGAUUUAGCAGUGAUGAAUUUGUAAGAAUCAUUCUAGUAGAUGCCGCAUUCAUCGUAGAGCUCUUGUUGAAACACAAUGGCAGGACACCGAGAAAAGAAAAUGACCGCAUAUUUAACAAACCAGUGAUGUUUCAUGAUAUAAUGACUGACAUGCAAUUGCUUGAGAAUCAACUACCAUUCUUCAUUCUCGAGGAUCUUUUUUAUCUACAAGAAGGUACACUCUCUUCUGAUUCUGACACUUCUGAUGACAGACUUUCAACAUUUGUAACUGAUCUUUCUCUCAAAUUCUUCACUUCAACAAUGAUUCUGAUGUACCAAGCAGAUCAAGAGUUCAUUUUAAAGAGAUUAAGUUCUACAAAAAAAGUAGAACAUUUUUUGGAUCUGAUUUUAAGAUCGUUAUGCCAAUCAGAAGUUGUUCCAUCAAUACCAUUAGAAGAUAUAACUACACCUAGCGUGACAGAGCUAUACCAUGCGGGAGUGAAGUUUAAGGUGGGAUCGAGGAAAAACAUAUUUGACAUUCGAUUCACUGAUGGGAUUCUGGAAAUUCCAAAGAUCGCAGUAGAGGAUCACACAGAGAUCUCACUUAGAAAUCUUCUUGCCUUUGAACAGUGUCAUUACCAGCACUGUUAUGUAUGUGAUUAUAUGAUCAUGAUGGAUCGUUUUGUGAACAACGCAAGUGAUGUGGAUUUGCUUGUUGAUCGUGGAAUUAUUGAAAAUGUUCUAGGUGACAGGAAAGAGGUGGCUGCUCUAUUUAAUAACCUUGGCAUUGGGAUUUUUGGAUCCCAUGACUUCACAUUUGCUAAUCUUUGUCAAGACCUGAACAGGUACUGCAGUUCGACAAGGCACAAAAGGAUGGCAAAUUUGAGACAAAAUUAUUUCAACACACCAUGGCGAACUCUCUCUGUCAUUGCAGCUGUUGUUCUCCUCAUACUCACUCUUAUCCAAACUGUGUGCUCUAUUAUCUCUGCUGCUAGAGCAUGA